ACAUAAGUGAAAGAAAAAAUUACUGCUAAAUAAUCGAGUAAAUGUUCGAAAUGUGUUUAUACUUUUAAUAUAAUAUUUAUUAAUCAUUUAUUACGUCUUCAAUUAAGUAGAAUUCAAAUAACAACAGUUGUUUUCUACAUUCUUCAAGCAAAUAUGAGUCUCUGGGUAGAUAAAUAUCGUCCAACAGCACUUGGAAAAUUGGAUUAUCAUAAAAAACAAGCAGACUAUUUAAAAAACAUGAUACAAAAAGGAGAUUUUCCACAUUUAUUAGUUUAUGGACCAUCAGGGGCAGGAAAAAAGACCCGUAUAAUGUGUAUUAUAAGAGAAUUAUAUGGAAGUGGUGUUGACAGAUUAAGAAUGGAAACUAUGACAUUUGAAACACCUUCCAAGAAGAAGCUAGAGAUAACAACAAUAAGUAGCAACUAUCACAUUGAAGUAAACCCAAGCGAUGUUGGUAUACAUGAUAGGGUAGUAGUGAUGGACUUGGUGAAAACAACAGCUCAAACUCAUCAAAUAGAUCCCAGUGGACAAAAAGAAUUUAAAGUGGUAUUACUGACUAAUGUGGAUCAACUUACAAAAGAGGCACAACAUGCUCUUCGAAGAACAAUGGAGAAAUAUGUCACUACAUGUAGGCUAAUACUUUGUGCAAAUUCAACAUCUCGUGUUCUGCCAGCUAUCAGAUCACGAUGUUUAGGAAUUAGAGUUCCAGCACCAUCAAUAUCAGAUAUAAAAGAUAUUUUGCAUUCAAUUUGUAAACGCGAAGGUUUAACUUUACCAGAUGAACUGGCUACAAGAUUGGCUGAAUGUAGUGGCAGAAAUCUCAGACGAGCGAUAUUAAUGCUUGAAGCUUGUAAAGUUGAGCAAUAUCCAUUUACUGCAGACCAAAGUAUUACAGAACCAGAUUGGCAAGUGUAUAUUCGUAAUACAGCAAAUAUGAUGGUCAGUGAACAGAAUCCAAAAAAGCUUCUUACAAUAAGAAACAGGCUCUAUGAAUUAUUAACACAUGCUAUACCAUGUGAUUUAAUAUUUAAGGGUCUUUUACAAGAAUGUAUAAAAAAUUGUGAUCUUCAGCUAAAAAUUGAAAUUGCAACAGUUGCAGCAGAAUAUGAACAUAGAAUGCACAGAGGAUCAAAACCAAUUUUCCAUUUAGAAGCAUUUGUCGCACGAUUUAUGGCAAUUUACAAAAAAUUUAUCGAUUCAUCUCUUGAAGGUUUUGUGUGAUAUAUUUAUUCACAUAUUUGCAUGUAUUAAAAUAUAAUUUUUAAAUCAGUUCA